AUGGCAAGCGCACAAAAUGUCUACUCGGCAGAGCCUGCAUUCCCGGUCCUUGCUGAUUCUCUACUCCGACAGUCAGAGUUAACCGAAAAUGCAGCUGCUCCUUCAAAUGAGAGAACCGCAAAAAAUGACUGGAACCUUAAAACUGAUUGGAAGAAGGGCAUCCAAUCCUCCAAAGAGGCAGUCUUUCGGUGCGGGGUUGUCCUCGGCUUUUCCAGGCUGCGAAUGAGAAGCAACGAAAGCAACGAGUAUAUCGGACAGAUCCCUCGAUAUAUUCUCAUAAACCAACUGCGGAGCAUCCAACCAUCAUCUGAGUCGAGCGCGUUCAUUAUCCACCCGCGAAGUUUCGACGCUUUUGCCCCAAGGACUCUACUCAAUGAGCUGCAGUCUUCUUCCCAUGACCAACCCGCUUUAUCCAGGGAUGAUGCAAUCCGUAGACUUGACUCUGUGCAGUUACUUCCUGUGCACAACUUUACCAAUGCCGCACAGGCGAUCGGUAAGGUCUCGGAAGCGCUGCACGAGAUCCAAGAAAAGCGAGAACGACAGAGAAAGCCGACCGAGACAAGCCCAUCCACCGACAAUCGUAUUGUCCUUAUUGUUGCUGGCCUCGAUACCCUCACCGAAGGAGUAAUUCGAGCCUCCAACCCGGCUCGAGGUGCGGCCGUUCUGACAGCUACACUCCGUACCUUAACGCGCUUGUCUCGUGUGCAUGCCUCUCAUCUCUCGAUCAUUCUUGUCAAUACUAACGGACUGGGCACAACGAACCCAGAGUGGGAUAAAAAUAAACCGUCGGCUGGAAAUACUACUACACAUGGAGAUAGUGCUGCGAGACAGCCGCUGGAAGAUGGCAUUCACUCCAUCUUCCAUUCGGAUAUUCCCCCCUGUUCCCCACCUUGCUCAUGA